AUGGGAGGACAGCCCAGCAGAGGGAAAACCCAGCCAAGCCCAAGCUCAAGCCCCUCUGUCCAAGGCCCAGGCCCUGUGCCCACGCAAGCAGAGAGAAACAGGGCCACGGCUGUGGCCCUGAGCAGUUUCCCGGUAGGCGAGCACACAGAGCUGUCGCUGAGACUGGGGGAGCCGUUGACCAUCAUCUCUGAAGAUGGAGACUGGUCGACGGUGGUGUCAGAAGUUUCAGGCAUAGAAUAUAACAUCCCCAGCAUCCACGUGGCCAAAAUCUCCCAUGGGUGGCUGUAUGAGGGCCUGAGCCGGGAGAAAGCUGAGGAACUGCUGUUGCUGCCUGGAAACCCCGGAGGGGCCUUCCUCAUCCGGGAGAGCCAAACCAGGAGAGGCUUUUAUUCCCUGUCAGUCCGCCUCAGCCGCCCUGCAUCCUGGGACCGGAUCAGACACUACAGGAUUCAGCGCCUUGAUAAUGGCUGGCUGUACAUCUCACCACGCCUCACCUUCCCCUCACUCCAGGCCUUGGUGGACCAUUACUCUGAGUUGGCGGAUGACAUCUGCUGCCUACUCAAGGAGCCCUGUGCCCUGCGGAGGGCUGGCUCACUCCCUGGCAAGCCUAUACCCCCACCUGUGAUUGUGCAGAGGACACCACUCAAUUGGAAAGAGCUGGACAGUUCCCUCCUGUUCUCUGAAGCACCUGGCACAGGGGAGGCCUCCCUCCUCAGUGAGGGACUCCGGGACGCCCUCAGCUCCUACAUCAGCCUGACUGAUGACAGCUCCUUGGAUGAUGCCAGGGACCAAAGCAGAGACCAAAAGGGAAUCCAAGGCUGCGGCACCUAG